UAAUAUUAUCAAGCAUAUAUUUCGUAAUCAAGAUUAUGUUUGUCUUUUUAACGACUCGAUCCCUUGAAGAUACUUUUUGAAGAACAUUUUUAGAAACAGCUAACUCGUUUGUAGACCAUAUACAUGUAUCUAAAUGAUUGAUUACUAUUUCUAUCGCGGAGCUGUCAUGCAUUCCAGUAUCAAAGGAAUUCAGCCGUUAAUACCAUACAAUUAAGAGUUAGACCUCAUUACCUCAAAGUGGACAUACUUAACUCGUUAUCCCGCUUGCACAAUAAACGUUAUUUAGGAGAAAAUCUGUAUUACUCCCGCGUUAUUACGAAUAUUAAAAACUCUAAGCGUGUAGCUCCAUCUAGUGAAACAAAACAGAAACUCGGAAAGUCUGAACUGAAACUUUAACAGCUGUUCAGCUAUCGAUUUUCCAGUUGCCCGCAAGCAAGUUCACUGCGUAACCACCUGCCAAAUCACGGCCUCACUUUAGCCCAGUUACAGGCUAUUUCUAGUGUCAUCUCUCAUAAAUCAUUCACAAUUAAGGAUAAUUUAUAGUUUCGGUUGAAUUAUGACUGCAACAGUGCCGAUGGCAUUGUAUUUGCCUUGAAAAACAUCCUCAAGGACUUGUUUGUGUUUGUUUUCCAAUUAAAACAGUGAUAAGGACGUAAAUAAUGGAACAUUCUCUCAGUGCUGGUUUGCAUAGAAGAAAUUUUAUAAGCACUCAUUCUGAUGAUCUGCCUAUGGAUAGAAUACGUUUAGUGGCGCCUAUUAACAGGUUUACAAUUUUUCAAGGCAAUUUUAAUAAUGAUGACGAUGAUUAUCCAAGAAAGCCUUAUAAAACGAAGACCAAGUUGACAAUUGCGGGGCUCGUCGUCCUCGUUAUUUCAUUAGGACUGGCCGGUUACUUCAUAGGCGGUGCAGACUACAAGGCGGCACAUCGUUUGGCGAAUCCGCCGGACCCUAUAGAACCAUUGAAACCUUCAGCAUCAACUUUACACGUGUUUCAAAAAGCGGCUGUUUGCACGGACUCGCCGCAAUGCUCACAGAUCGGCAGAGAAAUCCUGCUGAAGAAUGGCUCAGCGGUGGAUGCAGCGAUCGCCGCCAUGUUCUGCAACAGUCUACGGAAUCAGCAGAGCAUGGGUCUGGGGGGUGGAUUCUUCAUGACCGUUUAUAUUAAAGAAGAGGAGAAGGCGUACACCGUGAUAGCCAGGGAGAAGGCUCCUGCCGCCGCUACUGUUGACAUGUUCAACGGAGACUUCACAAAGGCUUCUAAAGGUCCGCUAGCCGUUGGAGUUCCCGGGGAACUACGUGGUAUGUGGGCAGCACACAGGCGCUGGGGCAAACUACCCUGGGACAGUUUAAUCGAGCCAACCCUGCAGAUAUGCAACGAGGGCUUCCCACUUUCCAAACCUAUGUACGACGCCUUGGACAAAGCACGAGCCUACGUGAAGAAUGAUGUCAAUUUGGCGAAAAUGUACUACAGUUCUUCAAUGGAGAGGUUUCAUAGACCAGGAACAAUCGUGAAGCCAAGUGAAGCCCUUUGCAAUACGUUCAAGAGGAUAGCCAAGAAUGGCGGAGACGACCUGUACAAUGGCACUUUGGCUGAAGACUUCGUUGAAGAUCUGAAAAGGAUCGGAAGUAUUAUCACCGCUGAGGACAUGAGAAAUUAUGAAGCUAAAAUAACAGAGCCCAUGACAGUGCCUCUGGGCAACGGUGAUACUCUAUACACCCCACCGCCGCCCAGCAGUGGGCUUAUUCUCGUGAAUAUACUUAACAUCUUGAGUGGGUACGGCUUCAAUGCGGCCAGCAUCAAUAGCACUGAAAACAUGAUACUCACUUAUCAUAGAAUAAUAGAAUCAUUUAAAUACGCGUACGCGACCCGCACUAAAUUGGGCGAUAUGGAGUUCCUGGAUUUGAAAGAGUUGAUAAAUAACGUUACGAAGCCGGAGUAUGGCGCGGAAAUCCGUAUGAAAAUCAACGAAUCAUCGACAAGUAACGAUACUGCAACGUACGGAGCUGAAGAUUAUAAUCCUCCUGAUUCUGGGACCGCUCACAUAUCUAUCAUAGGGACAAAUGGGGACGCUGUUUCCGUAACCAGUUCCAUCAACUUUUACUACGGUGCUGGUUUUUCGACCCUCAACACCGGUAUCGUGAUGAACAACGUAAUGGACGACUUCUCAUCACCUGGAAUCAUUAAUUAUUUCGGCUUAAAGCCUUCGCCCGCUAACUUUAUAGCGCCAGGCAAAAGGCCGUUGUCUUCAAUGAGUCCAAGCAUUAUUGUAGAUAAGAAUGGAAAUGCGAAGAUGGUGAUCGGUGCCUCCGGAGGAACCAAAAUCACAACGGGUAUUGCUUUGGUGACAAUGGGCAAGCUAUGGUUCGGUCAGACAAUCAAAGAAGCCGUGGAUAGCCCCCGAAUACACCACCAAUUGUUUCCUAUGAACAUCGAAUAUGAGUACGGAAUUAUUGAGGACGUAGUGAAAGGACUAAGGGAGAAAGGUCACGGCAUGAUUCGGUACAGAGAUAGGGGGUCAGUGAUAUGUGCCCUCUUUAGAAACAAAACGGGGAUUUACGCAAACGCUGACUUCAGGAAAGGAGGGGACGUCGCCGGUAUGGACUGAACGAAGUAUUUAUAAUUCUAAUAUUUAAUGACUUUAUAAUUUGUGAUUUAGAAAAAAAAACUCGUGUCACAACGACCGCGUAACUCUAUAUUACAAUUCUGUUUCUUCAUUUAACAAGAAAAAUAAAGAAGUGUAAAUGUCAAAUCGUUUUGACGUUUGAUGCAUGCAUGACGUUUGAUGCAUGCAUGACGUUUGAUGCAAGCAGGAUGAUGUAUGUAUGAGUUGAGCCAUAGAUUAUACACAUAAUUUAAUCGAGAAGUUGAGCUAUUAUGAGUAGAUCUUUGUCAAACUAUUAUUUGAUUAAUGUUGCGUUUAUAUUUUUUGAUUUGGCACUCAUGCUGCUAUAAUUCAAUGUUUUAAGUGUAAAAAAAUAAAUAAAAAAUAAAUCACAAACAUUUCAUUUUUUAUAGUGUAUAAUUUUGUUCAAUAAAUGCCUGUUAUAUCAUUUUACACAAAUCAUUAAAUCAUUUCAUGUUUCUACAUAAGUAUGUAUAAAAUAAAAGUACAUUGAAUAUCAAACGUAUAAGUGGAAUUUACAUACAAGUCUAUUUUGGGCUCUGUAAUUAUAUAGUAGAGUAAAUAAGAAAAAUCAUUAAAUUAAAAUAAAAACAAUAAAAUUGUACAUAUAUUAUUAGAAAACCCGUUGGCGGUUUCACUCAUAAUACAAAAUUGCUUCAUUAUUUUUUACAGCAAUUAAUAGUUAAUUUUAAUAAAUAUUACGAUGCUGUAUUGUGAAUUUCUUUAACUGUUAAAUUACGCUUAUCUUAAUUAUUGGAACUUAAAAAAUAUUAUGUCGAAGAAAGGUAUAGAACUGAUUGUAACUCGUGAUAAUAAGGGAGGAAUGGAACUGUGUUAUAGACUAUUGUUAGACUUUUAUAACGUUAUUUAAUUUAAAUAAUUAUAAAUGUAGUUUGUAUAAAUUCGUUUGUUAAAUGAUUUUAUUUACUAAAACGCACAGUAUAUAUACUUCUAUAUAUAAAAUUAUUUCUAUAAUCAAGUAGAUUCAAAUUACGUUGUCUACAUCACUAUAGCUUGCAUAAUUAAUUUUUAACAACGUAACUAAAUAACUGUAGAUAAUAAAAAAGUUAUUUCGUAAUUUGAAAUUUGAUUGUAUGCAGUAUUUAAUGAGUGAUGUUUGUGGACUAUAGUUUUCAAUGGAUUAAAAUUAAUUCAGUAUUGUUAUAAUAUAUUACAAUUAAGCUAGUCUGUUUUAUGUAAUAAUAUGUAUGAGAUCUGCUAAAGCGAUCGAGUUCUCAUUUUCGUCUGCAUUCGUCAUAAUCCUAUAAACAACCAGUCUGGUUUUUUUUUCAGUAUAAGUAAAAUUAAAACGAUUUUUGUAGUUGAAAAAUAAAAGUUCUUGAAUAUU